UUCACUUUCAUUUCCGUUUACCUACGCGUUUGACUCAGUCGACUGACAUCGAGAGCUGUGCAAAAAUGAGCAAAAUUUCUACGGUAGGAUCUCCUCCUGCGGUACACAACUCCGACCACAAAGACAAAACCUCCAAUCCAUUGGAGUUUCCUCUGAACAAUGACGUCACCAUUCUGCAGAGCCCAGCGCCCUGCCCCGAUGGACCGUUUGACUGGAAGGUGCUGAAGACUGUUCGUUCGGCUCUCAAGCUCGGACAGAUCACGGCUGCCAUCGUAAUUCUGGCGCUCACCCGAACCCGGAGCCGUCGCAAUUCGGAACCGCUGGAUUCUCUUGCGGAAAUGGCGUUCCUAUUCCUCGCCAUCAAUGCCCUGAUAGGAACGGUGCUUUCCUUGGCCGAUUCCAUCUUGAUAGCCCAUCCUCUCCGAAAGGCAUUCACUCCGGUGCUAUGGUUCCGGGUGAAACUUUGGCUUACGGGAUUGGCAGCAGUUGCGUUCCAUACGCUGGCAUAUUUCGUGCUGGUUAUUGCCCUCAACUACUAUGGUUACGAAUCCAACAUAGUGGCGGCCGCUUUCGGAUUUUUCAAUGCCGGGCUGUAUCUGGUGGAUUGGUGGUUGGAUUUUAGCAAACGGCAUGAAAUUGUUAGGAACCUGGAAAAUACGAGGGAUUUUGAAGAUGUGUAAAACUAUGUGUUGCUUGGUUGAUAAAGGUAAACUGAAGAACUUACGAAUUCAUAUUGUAUGUACAUUGAAAGUAACAAUAAAAUAAAUAUAACAGUAUAAUAUUGUUAA